AUGCCCAGAGAGGCAGGAAACGGGGCCAGCCAGGGGGACUCGAGAGCGGCUGCACUUUCCUGUCCCCCGCCGAGGAGAGCGGAGGAGCAGCGGCCCGUGGCCUGGCGAGUUUCCCCGGAGAGGAGCCGGAUUCCGGUGCAGGGACGGAGCGAGGAGUCCGAGGUGCAGGAGGCGGGGGGGGGGGAGGAGAGCACGCGCGUCUGGCAGGAUCAGGCCCCGAGUCCAGCCAGAGGCUGCAGGGCGCCCCCCAACCGGGCAGGAAGGGGAAGGGGCGCAGCUGAGGGGCAGGGCAUCUGCAGGAGGGCACAGGGGCAAACAUCUCUGGCUCAGGCUGGCACGGACCCUGCCGGAGACCCUGGGGAGCUGCUCCCUUCAGUCCUGAGCUCAAGGGGCAGAAUGAGGGGUCCAAGGCAGCUGCUGCUCCGCGAUGGACGAUGCAUAUAGUCGCUCACGGAUCAGCGGCGUAGCUGGGGCUUUUGCCGCCCCUCUCCCUGUCCCUCAGCAGGGAGCCCAGCCCAUUUCGACGGUCCUCCCCACGGGGGAGAGGGAAGGCGAGGCAGGGGGGAAAGUGCAGCAGGGGGGUCCCUCUCACUCUGCAGCCCCGUGACACCCUUUGCAGGCCACUACUCCUUCCCCCCCUCCUCUGCCAGUGCCAUUGAUAAACCUAUCGCCCUCAUUUGUGAAUUGGUCUGAUCGCCUUUGAAAGCUCUCUUUUCUCUUGUAGUAAUGAUGUCCAUCAGAUUCAUUUAGCAAGGAAAUGGCUUCUUUUGUCUUCCCCACAUCAAGGUACACUGUGCCUACACAUGGAGGCUCUGUUGAUCUGUCACGGCUAAUAAAACAGCUAAUAGAUCUAUUUCCCGGAGAAGGCACCUGAUCUUUUCCGAAGCUGUCAAAGCUAGUGACCUCUUGUGUCUGCGUGUAAAUCAGUGAGACAGGCUUAAGCCUGUUUCAUUAAUUGUUUUAUUUCCACCUUCCUCAGUAAGGCUGCACAGUUUUCAGAUGAAGGCUGAGGGUUGAAGUGGGUGACAGUUUAGAGAAUGCAGAAGAAAGGAGGAUUCUUAAGAUGUGUGGCAUAUGGAAAUGAAUUAAUGAUAAUAAAAACGUUGAAGACAGUAUUGUAAAAGACUGAGGAAGGCGAAAUUGAAAUUAGCUAUUCAUGUUCAGAUUAUUACUCAUUUCAUUUCUAUACUGCUUCAUAUUUCUAAUUUUUUUAAUAAUAAAUUUUAUUAAAAUUUUCACAAUAUCUCCAAUCAUACAAUUUUUCAAAUCACAUAUUUUGACUUUUUGAACCUCCCUCAGCUCCUCUGACAAUCAUCCGUAAUUAAAUUUCUACCUUCACAUUCCUUAAUUAUAGUAUUGCCUUCAAGUAAAAUCUUUCUAUCCUCGUUUACAUUCUUGCAAUAUUCCUUAUUUUUUCCACAAAGCUUCUUUAAAACACACUAGCGUUGUUUGUUCCUCACAUACACUCUUCAAAUAUUCUCUGAAUUUUCCCCAGUCCUCUAGGAACUUGUGGUCUCUUUGAAGUCUGAUUUUUCCAGUUAAUUUAUCUAGUUCUGCGUAAUCUGUUAGUUUUUUUCUCCAUUCUUCCAAAGUCGGUAAUUCUUCUUGUUUCCAUUUUUGGGCCAUCAGUGUUCUCGCUGCUGUUAUUGCGUACUGAAAGAGUUUACAGUCCCUCUUAUUUAUUUCAUUUCUAGUUAUUCCCAGUAGGAAGGUUUCUGGUUUCUUUACAAAGCUAUAUUUCAGCAUUUUCUUUAACUCAUUAUAUAUCAUUUCCCAGAACCCCUUCACUUUCUUACACUCCCACCACAUAUGAAUAAAAGUACCCUCUUUCUCUUUACAUUUCCAACAUUUGUUACAGGUUUUAUACAUUUUUGCCAAUUUAACUGGUGUUAUAUACCAUCUGUAUACCAUUUUCAUACCAUUUUCUUUUAACAUAGUACAUGCUGUAAACUUCAGAUUUUCAUUCCAUAUUUUUUGCCAGUCUUCCAUAUCAAUACUAUACCCUAAAUCUCUGGCCCAGUGAAUCAUUACAGAUUUAACUUCCUCAUCCAUCGUGUGCCAUUCCAAUAAUAUUUUAUACAUUUUUGAGAUUAUCUUACAAUCAUUGUUAACAAUUUCCGUUUGAAAUUUCGAAUCUUUUUCUUUAUACCCUUUUUCUUUCACAUCCUUUUUAAACAUAUCAUUUAUCUGGUAGUAGUGCAGCCAAUCAAAUACAUGUUCUUUUACUUGCUCGUAUGGCUUCAAUCUCCAUUUCUCUCCUUCUUUUACCACUAAAUCUCCGUAAGUAAUCCAAUUACUCCUCAUAUUAAUUUUCUUGACUCCCAUAACCUCUAAUGGGGAUAACCAAUGUGAAACCCCCAUUUCUAAUAGAUUUUUAUAUCUGUCCCAUACUUCGAUUAACUAUUUCCGGAAGAUAUGGUUUUCAAACGAUUUAUAACCUUUUUUCUUCUCUUGCCAUAGAUACGCAUGCCACCCAAAUCUGUUAUUUGCUUCAUAUUUUUAAGGAAAAAAAUCUAAUUAGUAAUUAGAGAGAAAUCUCAUUGCAGUUUGUGUCCAUAGGAUGUUGAGAACAUUAACUCUGUAGAUCCAGGAGUUCUCUCCUCCUGAUAGUCUUAGAUUUGAUUGUUCUUUCCGAUAGAACAGGAGGAACGAAACAUUUAUGGGCUUAAAGCUGCAUUAAUUCUGGAGGCCACAUUCCAGUGAGCUUUGAGGCCAAUGUAUGCACAUGCAUGCGCACACAGAAAAGAGAUGCAGACCAUAAAGUCACAUGCACACACGCCAGAGGUGCUGCACACACUCACCAGACAUGCCAUCUAGCAUACAUACAAGUCUUGCAAACACAAUCAGUAUGUUUAGACCUUCCAACCCCAGUCUUGGGGGGAGGAAAAAUAAGAGCACAAGAAGACCCUGCUGAAUUAGCAAUGAGAUCUGUGAAAAAAAAGUCCCUUCUGAUUGUUCUUUAGAAAUCCUCUUUAAAGAGCAGCCAGAGGGAUCAUUUAUUUUCCUUUUGCCCCAUUUCAGCACUGUGCUGGUUUGUGCUGAAAUUGGAGUUGAAAAGAUCUCUCUAAGGGCCCUUUAGGCACCUUUCUCUCCAGGACAGACAAAGAUCUUCAUCCUAUGAUCAGAUCAGGAGAUGGAAACGGCAGGGACUAGCAGGACACACCCUGAGGCUUGGCAAACCAUAUGCAGCCAAUGGACUGCAAGUUAGAAUAUCUUCAGUAAAGAGAGUUUGUGACCAUCAAAUAUAAAAUAUUUUGGAGUGGGUUGUUUGAUUUUGUUGGCCAAUGUUCCUUUUGUCUGUUUGUUAGUUUCUUAGGCUGUGCAGAUACCAUACAUUUAAAGCACGUGGCUUCCCCCAGUGAACCACAGGACCUGUAGUUUAUUGCUAGAGUUCUCAACACCCCUAACAAACUGCAGCUGGCAGGAUUUCUUGGGUGAAGUCAUGUACUUUAAAUGUUAGGUGGGUCUGUCGCAGCCUUAAUCAUAUACAGUGGUGCCCCGCAAGACGAACGCCUCGCAAGACGGAAAACCCGCUAGACGAAAGGGUUUUCCGUUAUGGAGGCGCUUCGCAAAACGAAUUUCCCUAUGGGCUUGCUUCGCAAGACGAAAGCCCAUAGGGAAAUCUCCGGGACAGCGGGGAAGCGCAGCGCGUCUUCCCCACUGUCCUCGGACCUCCUCCGAAGCCUGGCGGGGGGCGGAGAGACCUCCUCCCGCCGCCAGGCUUCAGAAGGCUGCUCCAAAGCCUGGCAGGGGGCGGAGAGGUUUUUUAAAAACCUCGGGACAGCGGAGGACUUCUCCGCUGUCCGGGGUGAUUUUAAAAUGCUGGCGGGCGGCAGUGAAGGCUUUGCUGCUGCCUGCCAGCAUUUUAAAAUCGCCCCGGACAGCAGAGAAGUCCCCCACUGUCCCGAGGUUUUUUAAAAUGCUGGCAUCUUCCCCGCUGUCCCCGGACCUCUUUUGAAGCAAGGGGCGGCAACGCGGAGAAGCGAUCUUCUCCCCUCCGCCCCUUGCUUCAAAAGAGGGGACAGAGGGGAAGGCGCGCGUCUUCCCCUUUCUCCCCGACCCCUUUUGAAGCAAGGGGCGGCAACGCGGAGAAGCGAUCUUCUCCCCUCCGCCCCUUGCUUCAAAAGAGGGGACAGAGGGGAAGGCGUGCGUCUUCCCCUCUGCCCCUCGGAGAUUGCGGGGCAGGCAACGGGGAGAAGCAAUCUUCUCCCCGCUGCCCCUUGCUUUAAAACAGGUCCGGGGACAGAGGGGAAGGCACACGUCUUCCCCUUUCUCCCCGGACCCCUUUUGAAGCAAGGGGCGGCAACGCGGAGAAGCGAUCUUCUCCCCUCCGCCCCUUGCUUCAAAACAGGUCCGGGAACACCUCCCGCCGCCGCCCGGCUUCAGAAGGCUCCUCCGAAGCCGGGCGGCGGGGCAGGAACACCUUCUGAAGGCCGGCGGGGGGCAAAAGUCUUUGUUCCCCCCUGCCUGCCUUCCCGGGAGAGCGGAGAAACGCAGCGCGUUUCUCCGCUGUCCCGGAAGGCUUUUGAAGGCAGGCGGGGGGGGGAGCAAAGACUUUGGCCCCCCCGCCCGCCUUCAGAAGUGGGCCUGGACCUCUUCUGAAGGCUGGCGGGGGGGGGGGGCAAAAGUCUUUGUCCCCCCUGCCUGCCUUCCCAGGGGCUUUUAAAUCGCCCCAGACAGCGAGAAGUCCUCCGCUGUCCCGGGGCGAUUUUAAAAUGCUGGGGGUGGGAAGAAAAGCCCUUGUUCCCCCCCCCCCCAGCCUUCAGAAGAGGUCGGGGGACAGACUGUCCCCGGACCUGGUCUGAAGGCGGUUUCCAUAGGAACGCAUUAAUUGAUUUUCAAUGCAUUCCUAUGGGAAACCGUGCAUCGCAAGACGAAAAACUUGCAAGACGAAGAGACUUGCGGAACGAAUUAAUUUCGUCUUGCGAGGCACCACUGUACAAAGAUCUGUUGCUGCCUUUCCAACAUGCUAGAAGUUGCAGCCAGGAUCAGCAUUCCCUGUCCACUGAACAUGCUCAGUCCUCUCACUGGGUUGUUUUUGGAUUUCCCUCCCUCUGCCUUGGUUCCCCCACCCACAAAUAUUACUUGUACUUCCAUAAAUCUUGAUGUUUCCCCCAGUCUUUGAAUAACUUCCCCUCGUCCCUGGGUGGAGUCAUUUGGGUGACAUAAUGAUUGUCAUUCACAGCCUGAACAUCAGAAAUAGAAAGAGUAAUAAUAUAUUUCAAAAACUGGCUAAUGGUUAAAAUGUGCUUUUGUUUUUAUUCUUGGGUUUUAUUUUACUUUGUGUCUAAUUCUUUUCCAGCAGGGUGGUGUAAAAAUGGAAGAGCAGGGACCCAGGAGACCCAUUCAAAGGGAAAGACUGGAGUGCAAAGGAAGGAAACCUCCUGCCGGCCAAGUUGGGGCCAUCAGGGAUCUUCUGCCUCGGGCAGAUUUAUUUCAAAUUAAGCAGGAGCAAGAGGAGGGGCAGCCGCAGCAGCACUGGGAUGCCCAGAAGCAGGAUUUCCUGAAGACGAUGCAGCUCCCUCGUUCACGAUGGGAAACCCCACAGGCUCCCAAUCCUCCCCAAUCUGGGAAUAGUGUCCUCUCCUUCAGGGGAGCUGCGGAUGCCAGUCGGUGGCCCAGUGGGAGAGCAGGGGGGACAGACCAGACCCUGCUCCCAGACACUGAGGGGCUUCUGGGAAAGGUAAGUGCCCUCCUUCUUGUAAAGAAGCUGGUAAAAUGCGGUCUUGACUUUGCUACCACUCAGUGGAUUUGUAACUGGCUGACUGACCGAACCCAAACGGUGGUCAUCAAUGGUUCCUCUUCAUCCUGGAGAAGAGUGACUAGUGGGGUGCCACAGGGUUCUGUCUUGGGCCCAGUCUUAUUCAACAUCUUUAUUAACGACUUGGAUGAUGGACUCAAGGGCAUCCUGAUCAAAUUUGCAGAUGACACCAAACUGGGAGGGUGGCUAACACCCCAGAGGACAGGAUCACACUUCAAAACGACCUUGACAGAUUGGAGAACUGGGCCAAAACAAACAAGAUGAAUUUUAACAGGGAGAAAUGUAAAGUAUUGCACUUGGGCAAAAAAAUGAGAGGCACAAAUACAAGAUGGGUGACACCUGGCUUGAGAGCAGUACAUGUGAAAAGGAUCUAGGAGUCUUGGUUGACCACAAACUUGACAUGAGCCAACAGUGUGACGCGGCAGCUAAAAAGCCAAUGCAAUUCUGGGCUGCAUCAAUAGGAGUAUAGCAUCUAGAUCAAGGGAAGUAAUAGUGCCACUGUAUUCUGCUCUGGUCAGACCUCACCUGGAGUACUGUGUCCAGUUCUGGGCACCACAGUUCAAGAAGGACACUGACAAACUGGAACGUGUCCAGAGGAGGGCAACCAAAAUGGUCAAAGGCCUGGAAACGAUGCCUUAUGAGGAACGGCUAAGGGAGCUGGGCAUGUUUAGCCUGGAGAAGAGGAGGUUAAGGGGUGAUAUGAUAGCCAUGUUCAAAUAUAUAAAAGGAUGUCAUAUAGAGGAGGGAGAAAGGUUGUUUUCUGCUGCUCCAGAGAAACGGACACGGAGCAAUGGAUCCAAACUGCAGGAAAGAAGAUUCCACCUAAACAUUAGGAAGAACUUCCUGACAGUAAGAGCUGUUCGACAGUGGAAUUUGCUGCCAAGUAGUGUGGUGGAGUCUCCUUCUUUGGACGUCUUUAAGCAGAGGCUUGACAACCAUAUGUCACGAGUGCUCUGAUGGUGUUUCCUGCUUGGCAGGGGGUUGGACUCGAUGGCCCUUGCGGUCUCUUCCAACUCUAUGAUUCUAUGAUUCUAUGAUUCCUCUCACCUGGGUUUCCAGCACCUGGAGGUCACAGGUCCACUGCCUCUAGACAUGGAGGUUCUGCUUAGCUUUGGUGGUGAAUAUUCCUCCUCCCUGCACUUUCUCUCUAAUCCACUUUAAAAAGGCUUGCUGGACCAAACUUUACAUGGGAGGUUUGCGAUAAUAUCUCCUGCUAUUCUUACUUUACUUAAACAGCUGCAGGGGACUCUGAAUUUUAUCAGAGCAGAAGCUGUGUCAGAAGAGGUGACCUUCCACCAAACCCCGUUUUCCUCCUCUAAAUUGCCUCCAUUUCCAAAAUGCUCUUUUCUCCCCACUGAGGUAAAAAUCUUGGCACGUCUUGCAGCCUCAGCAAUCCCAUGUGUAGUCGCAUUAAAUAAGACUGGCCUACCUUGCAAGGUUGUUGCUAGAUCUAUUAAGAUAAUGGCCAGGUUCAGAUGACUGAAUCACAGCCUGAAAAGCCGGGUUAAAAAUAGGAACAGUUUUUAAUGCAUUGCUGCAGCAAAGUUACGCUAAAACCUAAGUUGACCCAAGAUUAAAACAAAAAACUAUAGCCACCACCCCAGUCUCCUGGCCCCCACAACCAGAAUGCAUCACUCCAGGAAGGACUCCCACCCAACCUUUAGUGAGAGAGGGGAAAAGAGAAGGACUCUAAAUGGGUAGUUGCACAAAUUUACCAGCUGUGGUCCUGCACUGACAACAAGGCUAACAAACAGGGGAGCUGGGAAUGUGCUUGUCCCAUCUCUCCCUGCAUCUGCUCCUGACCUAAUUGUCCCAGCUUACCCUGAGGGUGAACUGUGAUGAAACCAGGCACUCUCUUAUGAGCCAUAACUAGCAAACUUUCCAUUUUGCCCAAACCAGGAAACUACAGCUGCCAGCUUUGGAACAAGCUGGGAGAUUAAUCUAACUUCAAACUGUGCUUGGUCAAAACAGGAAACUCUGGUUGAUCAGUGGCUUCGUGGUUUGACUGAUCCCACUUAUAGCAGUAAAAAUAGGAAGCCCUGUUGCGUUCAAAGGGGUUGUUUGGACAGAGUCUCUGAUCAGCAUGCCUAGCAGGACAGGCUUAAAAAGGUAAAGGACCCCUGACCAUUAGGUCUAGUUGUCACCGACUCUGGGGUUGUGGUACUCAUCUCGCUUUAUUGGCCGAGGGAGCCGGCAUACACCUUCCGGGUCAUGUGGCCAGCAUGACUAAGCCACUUCUGGCAAACCAUAGCAGCGCACGGGAACGCCGUUUACCUUCCCGCCGGAGCGGUACCUAUUUAUCUACUUGCACUUUGACGUGCUUUUGAACUGCUAGGUUGGCAGGAGCAGGGACCGAGCAACGGGAGCUCACCUCACCCGGUCGCGGGGAUUCGAACCGCCAACCUUCUUAUUGGCAAGUCCUAGGCUGUGUAGUUUAACCCACAGCGCCACCCGCGUCCCAGGACAGGCUUAGGAAGCUAUUAUUAUUAUUAUUAUUACUUGCAUCCUGCCUAUCUGACUGGGUUGCCUCUGCCCAUCUGGGUAGCUUCCAACAAAAUAAAAACCGUCAAAAAUUUCCUUGUAAAAGGCUGCCUUCGGAAGUCUUCCAUUUUGUAGAAAUGGCCUUCGGUUUUAAAGAAUCGCCCUCUUUAAGGAAUCACGUGGUGUAAACAUGUAUGUUGUCCUCUACGUCCAAACACACAGAGACUCACACAUAGUAGGAACAAGCAGUGCUUUAAAGUGCUUAUCUUGCAAACUUGCCAUCUAAGUUGUUUACUCCUGACCGAAGUUCCUGUUUCCCAAAAGGACAGGAGGGGGAGCAGAGGAGGAAACAGAUGGGUUUGAAGGAUCUUCCUGCCUCUCUAACCUGAGGAACAAGAGCAAAGGGUGUUUGCAGGGCAGGAGGACAUCGGAGGAGGCAGUGAGGGCAGAGGGAGCAGUGGGCGGAUCCACCGCCUCUCCCAGGGGGUCCAGAUGCAAGCAAGGGGCUUCCUUCUUCUCCAUGCAAGGGCCACCCAUGUAUUCAGAGCAGUCCUUUGCAGAUUAACUCUUAAAUUCCAAGGGAUCUACUCUCAGGCCACUAAUGUGCAUACCAUGCCAGCCUUAGGAAGGGAGGUGGGACAGGCAGGUGAAAGGAAUUGCCAAAGGUGUUUGAAAAUGGGUGGGGGCUCUUGGGAAGGGGGUGCCCAGUUGGGGCUUCUCCAGGGGCAGCAGGAUGUCUUGGGCAGGAGAAUCCCAGCAGGGGCUCUCAGACUCCCUUGGCUUCUUCUUCCCUCCCUCCCAGGAAGCUGCAACUUGCUCUAGAUUCUGCGCUCCUCAGGAAGCUGAACCUGCAAACCUAGCUGAGACUGAACCUGCAACCCUGGCCAGGAUGGAAGGAGGAAGAUGGACGGUUGACCUGGUCAGGCUCUCUCCCGCAUCCCUCCCCACAACCUCUGAGCAUUCCCUCCCAGAACCCUUGGAGAAAUCUGGUGAGUUCCAGGGGAGAGGAGAUGGGGACAGGGAUAGAUGGAUGGUGGAGGGAGAAAGGGGAAAUGAUGGAGAGGAGACAAAGGGAAGGAAGUUCCUGACAGGAAGAAGGAAGUUGUGAGGCCUUCUCCAAAGCAGCUCUUUGUUUCUUGAAUCCUUUUCCUAAAGUAGUGGGGGCAGAUUUUCUUCCUCCAGGCUUUGAAAUCUUAGGUGUUAUUUCCAUGGCAGGAAUAAUUGAUGAUAAUGAUGUUGCACACCAAUCCUGAACAAUGGGUGAAGGGGAAUGGAAAUGUUUCCCAUAAUUAUUUACAAUUAAUGUAUUUAAAUGGUUUCUAUUACCUUUAUUUUUUAUAGACAGAGUCAGAAUUCCACCAGCACCAAAACACAAUAAAUGCAUGCACCUCCCCAGUUUGGUGGGCUUAAGGGACAAAGGACCCGUUAUCAUGAUACAGAAUUCCUGCGGCUGGAGGCUCUACACUUUGGAUUGGGCAUAUAAAUUCCAAGAGUGUCUGGUAUUAUAAGCAAAUUGUGUAAACUUGCCAAUCUUACAGACAGGGGUUGUUUGUGAGAGUGAGUGAGUGGGAUAAUAAUUUAUAGCGCUCCUGUGUAAUGGCUUGGUUCUCCCGCACAGACGCGAGACAACUCCAGUAGUAAUUAUCUCAGGUUUAUUGCUCAAACUCACAAAUCACUGUGGAGCUCAGUCUUCGGCCUGUUCAUCCCAGCUUCCAGUUGCCGAGUCCUCCAGCAAAGAAGCCCCCACUUUCGCUUUCCCCCCCCUCUUCUCGCAGAUUCUCUCGAGCCUACGAUUUUUUGGACAGGCUAUUUCCAGGGUCUCUGUGUCAGACCUCAAACUGGAGAUAACAGUCUGUGCCCCCCCCCCUGGCACCCCCUCUUCCUGCUCUUUGUUCUUUCCUCCUGCUGCAGCUUGGCUGCUCCUCCCCUGCUUCACAUUCCAACUGAAUCACAUCUCUUGCGUUCUCAGGCUCUGUCAGCGGAGGCACGAGAGGCUUGAGAUUCACAGAGCUGACACCCUGUAAUUUUGUCCGUCCCUAAGCUUCCAUGGAGAUACUGUGGUACAACCUUGGUGCAAAUUUGAAAAUAAGUACACAAAGCCAACAAAGAGACUCAAGUUUAUAGUGGCAUCAGCUUUCCUGGUCAAGAGUCCACUUUGUCAGACUGCAGCCCACAGAAGCUUAGGCAAGAAUACAUUUAUCAGCCUUUAAGGGCUGCAAAAGAUGAAUAAACAGAAGCGUAGUUCAUUUAUGGAAUCUAUCCUACAGGAGACAGUGACGGCCAGCAACUUGGAUAGCUUGAAGAAAAGGAUAAGACUGACGUCUCUGCUCUACCCUCGUGGUUCUAGGCAAUAAUGCUUCUUGAUACUAGUUUCUGGAAAGCACAGGAAGGCAGAGAAGACUCUUGUGCUCCAAUCCUGCUUGCCGGUUUCCCACAGGCAUCUGGUUGGCCUCUAUGAGAAGAGGAUGCUGGACUAGGUGGGCCUUUGCCUGAUCCAGCAGGCUCUUCUUAGGUUCCAACAUAGUGCAAUAUUUUUACAGUUACAUGUAGCACUUAAGUUUUAUUUAUUUCACAAAGGAGAUACUGUUACUUUAGCCUGAGAUCAUUCACUUGAGAAAGAGAAAUAGAGAUGUGUCUAAUAAACCAGUUCCAGCAUAGAUCUGUAUUAUAAAAUGAAGAUGCCUUAGUAAGUGUGAAUGGAGUGAUCAUGUAUUGCUCUUGCCAUUAUCUUGCCAUUAUUAGCUUUCGUAAAAUUUGGAACCUUGAGAGGAUAGUGGAGAAUGAAGGUGUUACAAUGAGAGAAGGUGCAGACUGGGAUUGACAGUUGUUCAGUUCCAUUUUUGUCUUUCUUGAAAGUCUAACAGGAUUCUCUUUCCUCCCAGACUCCCAAACAGGUGAGGAAGAUGAAAGUCAGAAUUCUAUGGAGCCACCUGUGAAUUUAUGCGAAAGAACAAAGAAAUUGAGGAUACAACAACAAACUCACAAAGGAGAGAAACUAUUUGAAUGUACGGAAUGUGGAAAGAGCUUCAGUCGAAGUGGAAAACUUAGAAUACACCAACGAACUCACACAGGGGAGAAACCAUUUAAAUGUAUUGAAUGUGGAAAGAGCUUCAGUCGAAGUGAUACACUUAGAAUACAUCAACGAACUCAUACGGGGGAGAAACCUUUUAAAUGUAUUGAAUGUGGGAAGAGUUUCAGCAAAAGUGGAAGACUUAGAAUACAUCAACGAACUCAUACGGGGGAGAAACCAUUUAAAUGUAUUGAAUGUGGAAAGUGCUUCAGUAGCAGUGAAAAUCUUAGAAGACAUCAACGAACUCACACGGGGGAGAAACCAUUUAAAUGUAUUGAAUGUGGAAAGAGCUUCAGUGAAAGUGGAGCAUUUAGAAUACAUCAACAAACUCACACGGGGGAGAAACCAUUUAAAUGUGUGGACUGUGGAAAGAGCUUCAGUCAAAGUGGCACACUUAAAAGUCAUCAGCGAAGUCAUACAGGAGAGAAACCAUUUAAAUGUAUGGAGUGUGUUAAGAGCUUCAGUCAAAGUAGACACCUUAGAAUGCAUCAGCUAAGUCAUACAGGAGAGAAACCAUUUAAAUGUAUUGAAUGUGGAAAGAGCUUCAUUCAAAAUGGACUCCUUAGAAUACAUCAACGAACUCACACAGGAGAAAAACCAUUUAAAUGUAUGCAGUGUGGAAAGAGCUUCAGUCAGAACGGAGCACUUAAACUACAUGAACAAAUUCACACGGGGGAGAAACCAUUUAAAUGUAUGCAGUGUGGAAAGAGCUUCAGUCAUAACGGAGCACUUAAAGUACAUGAACAAAUUCACACGGGGGAGAAACCAUUUAAAUGUAUUGAAUGUGGAAAGUGCUUCAGUCGAUAUGAAAUCCUUAGAAUACAUCAAAGAACUCACACUGGGGAGAAACCAUUUAAAUGUAUUGAAUGUGGAAAGAGCUUCAGUCGAAGUGGAGAUCUUAGAAUACACCAACGAACUCACACGGGAGAGAAACCAUUUAAAUGUACUGUAUGUGGAAAGAGCUUCAGUCAUAGUGGAACACUUAGAAAACAUCAACGAACUCACACAGGGGAGAAACCAGAGAGACCAUUUAAAUGUAUUGAAUGUGGAAAGAGCUUCAUUCAAAAUGUACACCUUAGAAUACAUCAACGAACUCACACAGGAGAAAAACCAUUUAAAUGUAUUGAAUGUGGAAAUAGCUUCAGUCGUAGUGAAACACUUAGAAUACAUCAACGAACUCACACGGGAGAGAAACCAUUUAAAUGUAUGCAGUGUGGAAAGAGCUUCAGUCAUAACGGAGCACUUAAAGUACAUGAACAAAUUCACACGGGGGAGAAACCAUUUAAAUGUAUUGAAUGUGGAAAGUGCUUCAGUCGAUAUGAAAUCCUUAGAAUACAUCAAAGAACUCACACUGGGGAGAAACCAUUUAAAUGUAUUGAAUGUGGAAAGAGCUUCAGUGAAAGUAGAACACUUAGAAUACACCAACGAACUCACACGGGAGAGAAACCAUUUAAAUGUGUGGAUUGUGGAAAGAGCUUCAGUCGAAGUGAGACACUUAAACGUCAUCAGCGAACUCACACAGGGGAGAAACCAUUUAAAUGUAUGCAGUGUGGAAAGAGCUUCCAUGAAAGUAAAACACUUAGAAUACAUCAUCGAACUCACACAGGGGAGAAACAUCAGCUAACUCACACACGAUGAAAAGUACAAGUGUAUUGACUGUGGAAAGGGUUUCAGAGGGAGUGGAGACCUUAAUAUUCAUUAGCAAAUUCACACGGGGGAAACGAUGUAAAUGUAUGAAGUUUUCUACUCAGGGUUCACUACUUAUAUCAAGAAACUCAUAAAGGGGGAAAUCAGUUGUAAAUGCAUGGAAUGAUGUUUUAGUGUUUGUACUUAAAUUUGCAUACACAAAUGUAUGUAUAAAAGUAAUGAAGGUCAUAUAUACUAAAUGUACAAAAUAAGUGGCAACUUUUUGCUAGAUAAACAGGGAGGGAGUGUGAAUCUGGAAUGCUCAAGGUGUGUGUUGAAUCUGUUUAGUUUUCAGGUCUGCCUUUCACUGCCAAAAUGAUGGGCUGCCCUUGUCUUGUAGAUCAGUAUUCCAGGCGCUCAUUACUUGGACUUUGCAUAACCCAUUGAAGACCUUUUUACUGAUAGCAUUUUCCAGCUGAAUGAAAGGUCCCUGUGUUAAAUGUUCAUUUGGUAUUGCUUUUGAAACUUAUCUCCUUUUUUCUGUGCUCUUGUGUACCUGUUUAGAGCUGUUUUUAUUAAAUAUUUUCUGCAUUGGCUUUUGACCUGUGGAAGGUGACCAGUGAGGGUGUUUUUUGUGUUCCUUAGCUCACAGAAAUGUUUUAAAGGAAUGUGGAAGAAUUAGGGCUAGGGGAGGUUAGUGAAAGGGACUGAGGAGUGGGAGACUGAUUUGUUGUGAAUGUGGGAGGUGGAGAGGGAGAGAAGAGAGAGCUCCGUUAUUUGGUCAGGGCUGUGGCUAAAGGCCUUGGUCCAGCUUUUCUGGGAAUUGUAGUCUCAGGAUGUCCAAUUGUAGUUGGCUGAGGAGGCUCAGAAACUUCUGAGAGGUUCCUCCCAGAACUACAGUUCCCAGAGUUCCUAGGAAGUGAAGAUGGCUGUGAAGUCUCUGGACAAGGGUCAGCAACCUAAGGGCCACGGGCUGGUUCCGGCCCGAAUGGGUUCUGGAUCCGGCCCACGGAAGGUCCAGAAAUCGCAUCAUGGUUCUGAUUCAUAUAGUUUGGGCUGCACCAUUCUUCUCUCUCUUUUUCUCUUCCUGACUGCGGCGCCUCUUCCCUCCCUUCUGGCUUCUCCCUGCCCUGCGGAGGAAGGGGGCUAGCCUUUGAUUGGUGCCAGCAGCAUUGUUUCCCUCUGAUUGGUUGCAGAGUUCUUUCCUCCUCCCUCCCUCCUCCUAGAGCCUAGGGCCUGGGCUUUGUUUGUGCCAGCGUGAUUACUUGAUGGCUGCCAUUUAAGGCAGCCCCUCUCCUGCCCUCAACUGGCUCACUGCUCCUGCCGCCGCAGCGAGUGGUUCCGUUCUGAGACACCCUCCCCGGGUUCUGGGGUGUAUGAAGCCUUGUUUACCUGUUUUUAACUCUGCUUCCGAAAGCGUCUCCCCCUCCAAUACAGGAGAGCGGAGAACAUGCGUCUUGCAGAAGGAACCGCUCGCUGUAGCGGAGUUAAAAACAGGGAAUCAAGGCUUCAUACACCCCAGAACCCUGGGAGGGUCUCUCAGAACGGAACAGAUAUGCUGCGGUGCAGAACUGGGACCUUCAGAACUUUAUUAUUUUUUUGUUUAAUCUUUGGAUCGUGUAGUAACAAAAGAAUGUGCAUGCAUACUCCGUCCCGCGGCGAGGUUUGAGGACAGUGAUCUGGCCCUCGACUUUAAAAGGUUGCUGAGCCCUGUCUCUGGGGGUGCAAAAAAGAAUUUGGAAGUGUUUGUUUUAAUUUUGGGGGCCAUGCUAUUUGACAACCCUCUCUUUUUCAAGAGCUAAUUUCAGGG